AUGAACAAGGACGCGUCCUUCACCUACGUGCACAUGCACCGCGCCGGGGACGCCGAUCUCUUCGACGACUUUUGCAAGGACAAGCUGCCCGACGACGAGAUCCUCGUGCCGCCGCCGCACCAGCCCAUCAAUCCCGAGGACGAGGACGACGUGGUGCCCGAUCAGCACGCCGCCUUUGGCAUCCAGCGCGCCACGCACAGGUCCAAGGAGCCCGCCUGGAAGGACCUAGGCCUCGCCGACUUGAUGAAGAAGGGUCCCGCCCCUGGUGCCGGAGCCUCGGGGAGCAAGGGGGGAGGAAAGAGGCUGCCGCGGUAG